UUGGAGUAAAAUUUAAGAGCAAACCCAACAGGUCUCGCAUAUCGACGUUCUGCAUUGAUUCUAAUAGUAUUCAUUAUCAAUUACACCAUGUGCAUUUCACAAUUGAAUCAGAGGCGCAGCCAUUGGGACGUUUCGCCUGUCACUCGAGAAUACCAUCACAAAAAGCGACAUUUGUAUUUGCAGGAGGAGGCGAGGCCCGCCUUCCGAUCGGCUCUGAUUGGCCGUUUUCAAGAGAGCCGAAAAUCCGCGCCCUCUCAUUGGACGAGAGAGCUUUCUGUUUGGGUUGCCUGCCAGCGGCCCGUCUGGACGGGGAGGGGAGCCGUCUGCCUUCCGCUUCUCGGCUGGAUUGACACACAAUGAGGAGCCGAGGCAGGGGAGACGCUCCACGAACGCCGCUGUAAAUACAAACAGCAAUCACUGAGGCCGGUGAAACAUGGAGAACCAGUGCACAGUGCAGGUGAAACUGGAGUUGGGGCACAGAGCUCAACUGAGGAAGAAAGUAACAUCCGAGGGCUUCACCCACGAUUGGAUGGUGUUUGUCCGAGGGCCAGAGAACGGCGACAUCCAGCACUUUGUAGAUAAGGUUGUCUUCCGCCUGCACGAGAGCUUCCCCAAGCCCAAGAGAGUAUGCAAGGAGCCCCCAUACAAAGUGGAGGAAUCAGGCUACGCAGGCUUCCUCAUGCUCAUUGAGGUGUACUUCAAGAACAAGGAAGAGCCAAAAAAGGUGUGUUUCAACUACGACCUGUUCCUGAAUUUGGAGGGUAAUCCUCCGGUUAACCACCUCCGCUGCGAGAAACUCACCUUCAACAAUCCCACCAAAGAUUUCAGGAAAAAGCUGAUCAAAGCUGGAGGGGUGUUGGUGGUUCCGGAGGUGGCUGAAGCAGUAUCAAGACCCAGUCCAGACUACCCAAUCCUCCCCACCAUCCCCCUCUCAGCUUUCUCAGAUCCCAAGAAAACCAAGACAUCUCAUGUGUCCAAGGAACCCAGUAAAGAAGGAGGAGGUGGUGGGAGCAGCAAGGGACCCAAACCGCACAAGAUGACCAAGGAGCACCGUGAAAGACCCCGAAAAGACUCUGAGAGCAAAGCCACGUCGAAAGGGGACAAUGACAGAGAUGGAAGUAGCAAGAGUGGACGUGAGCCUUCCUCAUCCUCAUCUUCCAAAAAGCCAUCAGACAUCAAAGUCAAAGAUGAAGUGAAGGUCCUGCCCAAGGCAGCCUUCAAGGAGCCCAAACUCACCCUGAAGGAGUCAAAGAUGGAGGGCAUGUCUCCAAAGGGAGGGGGGGCCGGGAGCGGUGGAGGGGGUGGCGGCGGCAGCGCGGGAGGAGGAGGGGCUCCGGGAGAAUCCAAAGCCCCCGGCAAAAGACCCUCUACUGUGGAGUCUCCCAAGCCCAGUGCAAAGAAGCAGAAAAAGGUCAGCUCUGAGGGGCCGAAGGGCCCCUCCGGUGGCCCCUUCACAGGUUCCCCUCGUGUGUCGUCAUCGUCUGCUGCCAGUCAGCCCUACGCUGACAAGAAACACUCCAAGGAAAAAGGUCGCUGGGCCAAGGGCAAAAAUGACACACAGGAUUUAAAAGAGCCCAAAAAACUGCACGAGUCUGAAGAGUCAAAUUCGGAGGAUGAAGCGUCUUCUAAGUCGGAGCAAUCAGCUCCUUCCAGUCCUUCAAACUCGAGUUCCAGCUCUGACUCCAGCUCCGACUCUGACUUUGAGCCAGGACAGAAACCGGGACAAGGUCCCCUGCGAUCCAUGGUGGAGGAAAUCCAGUCAGAGGAGUCGGACGAUGACGACAGCAGCUCGGAGGAGGGGACCCCUGUGAAGACUAAUCCCCCCAAUCGUGACUCCCGACUUAGCCUGGACAGCGAGAGCGACAGCAGUGACGGCUCGCACCGCCCCGGACGAGACCCCGCCCCACCCCCGCAGAAACACAGCUCCUCCAAUAAUAAAGUAUCUGGCAGAAAGAGUCCAGACUCGUCGUUCCGUUCCGAGAAGGUGUUGAAGAAGGGAUACGACAAGGUAGGAAGGGCCUACACAGAAGAAUUAGUGGACCUCCAUCGCAGACUGAUGGCUUUAAGGGAGCGUAAUGUCCUGCAGCAGAUUGUCAACCUGAUCGAGGAGACGGGCCACUUCAACGUGACCAACACCACGUUUGACUUUGACCUCUUUUCGCUGGACGAGUCCACCGUCCGCAAACUACAGAGCUACCUGGAGGCCACGGCCACGUGACAGGAAGCGGAGCCGAAGGUCGCCACGUCUCCUCGGGGAGCGGCUCGUUCGUCGGCCCAACCCGAUCGCUGAACCGCGACCACGCAUGCGCCAGAACAAAGAAAGAAGCACACACGAAGACGCCGCGCCUCCACGCGCCGAUGGCGAGGGGCGGUGGGAAACUGAUGAGGCAGGAACCGGGAAGCUUGAAGAUGGGGAGGAUUUUCCACACGCAUCUUUUUGGGAGUGAAGAACUGCAGAAUUCACCCCCGCCGCCGCCCCCUGAACUCUUCACACUCCUGCACUGGUGUUGUUCCCCUCUUCACUAACUUAACUCACAUUCUUCCCAUUCACACUCCUUAGCGGCCAGGUCACCCCCCAAAUUGCAUCCGGCCUUCACAGUCCCUCACUUCUGUUGGUUUCGAAUGCGCACUCGUGUACCUCCCAGGUUCACACGCACACAUCGUACGUCACGCCGGGUGUUCGGAUCUCUGCUUUUCCGACGUCUGAACCUGCGUCGCGUUGACUCCUUCCUUGCACUGAAAGCUGAGCUGUGACCUGCCGCCAAGCAGCCCCCUCCCUCCUCCUUAUCCGAACGCCCCCCACCCCACCCCACGCCCCUUACACCUGCCCUCUAACUGCAUCCCUCCCAUGUCAGCGUGCACCAAAGGGCUCCACUGCUUGUCGUCAGCGCGCACCUGAAUUUACCUGCUCGUGGGUUUUUAAACCUUAACAAAAGUAGCCAUACUCGUCUCCCAGUAUACAAAAAUAAGGAAAAUUAGGGGCCAUGCGAUGCGUUCCCGCCCUUUGUAAUUUUUUUUUUUUUUUUUUUUUUUUUUUUUUUUUACAUUUUAUUUUUCUACAAGUGCAUUUGUGUUUCUACUCCCAGAUUUGCGGUUAAAUGACCUGUGAGCUAUGAAUGUAUAUCGCUUUUAUUUUUCUACGCCCAACAGCAACAAGCCCACUCUAGUGCCUUUCUCUGCAGUGUGAGGUGGGUGUUAAACACCCCCCCCCCAGCUCUUCUUUAGGGGGUGGAGGGGGGGGGGGACCAAGUGUUAAUCGGGCUGCCUGAUUAUUCAGUAUUGUCUUAAUGGCAUCCCUUUUCUUCCUCAGUGUCUUUGUAGGCCGUUGACCGUCAGCCAUUCCUUUCUUCAUCUCUGUAGAAACUGUACAAGUUGUAACUGUUCUUGCUUUCUGCCACUAGUUCAGUGUUUGAUAUGGGUGGGGUGGGGGGUGGGGUACGAAAUAUGAAUUAGCUGUAGUAACUGUUGAUUUGGGCUGCUGUGUAUGUGUGCGCUCUUGCUUCCUUCUUCAGAAAGAAAGCGAAAUAGCCAUCCAAUGUGGGGCCGCUGGAGAACCCCGUUGCCAUGUUUUUUUGGUUAAAGUACGAGCAAAUUUAACGGUCGAUUCAUCUAAUUAUUUAUUUAAAAAAAAUACGGUAGCACAGACUACCAAUGGAUGUUCUGAACUGUAAUUUCAACACCAGUGUUGCGUUGAGUAAUUGAAUGCUGUCCAGAGGAGUUGCCGAGACGUGGAUUUGUGAAAAUGCUUCACAUAGUUGACAUGUUCGGCGUUUAGACGGUGAAGCGCUUGACAUGGAAUCAACCGCUCACGAGUGCACUCACAGCUCGGUGACGUCAAUAAAUCAAAUUCGGUAGAACACAGUCCGCAGAAUUCUUCCAUCAACACGCACGAGGUGUGUCAAAAACUUUCAAGGACCGCUGUCAGAAAUAGGGGUGGCAAAGUUAAAGCAUCACCUCAUGAUUAAUCUCCCCAAAAUAUCGCAAUCAUAUAUUCACUGAUUACCGUAAUCCCCGGCCUACAGCGCGCACCUGGUUAUAAGCCUCACCGAGUACAUUUGUAGAGGAAAUACCAUUUGGUACAUACACAAGCCACACCUGUGUGAAAGCCGCAAGUGUCCACAUUGAAACCCACAUUCAAACACGAGAUAAUACAAAGAAACGCGGUACACAGAGUUUAGCGCUAGCUAGUUAACUAACACUAGCGCUGCUUUCACGCCAGUGGCGCACUUACAGGGCCGGUAAAAUACAAUUUACCGGUAAAUAUCACUGAGACACACCAGUAACAGCAGCAACACGCUAUCACAGUGCUAACUGGCCGGUAAAAGGCACUUCCUCGGCACAUAUAAUCCACCGGUCUCAUUCUUACCUUUUCCGCUCGAGUGGCCCUUUGAAAAAAUGCACAAAUGAGCCGCAUCACCGCCUUAACCGCAGGGUUGAAAGCGUUUGGAAAAAGUCACGGCUUGUAGGCCGGAAAUUACGGUAAUCACUCCAUUUAUUUUGACCUUGCACGCUCUUUUACCUUAGCCACGAAUGAAUAUCUGAAAUGCGUGUGCAGGUUUCUCGAAGCUCAGUGAGUGAAUGAGGAGGCGCUGGGCAGCAAAUUUUGCUUCAAAAUUCACCCCAAUAGGAAUGAAGAAACCAAGCAAAGGUCAUUUGCAUGCAGUGCAGCACGUGCGUUUAAAACACAAUCUCAAAACAAAACGUUGCGGCACGUGUGCUGAAUCAAAAUUCAAAAGUGCGAUGAAUCUAAUUCAAAAACACUAAUAAUCAUCUGUUAAUAGAUAUUUUGAGCUUUCCUCUGUGAGUUGGGCCGGACCAGCACUGGCUCCAAAGCGAUGUUUUCUGAGACGAGAUCGUUAGCGGGACAAACGCUCGUCUGCUCUCAAUCCCCUGAGCGUCCGACAAUUGGGGCAACCUCGCCAUUCACUUGACCUGACACCACCCCUGGAAGUUUUUUGGGGGGUGGAGUUGAGGGGGGGGUGAUUCACACCAACUACUUUUCAACACUGGACAUUGACAAAGGAAAGAAAGUGUUGAAGGUCAAACGGAGCCAAUCCCAGCUGUCACAUUAGUGGCGGCGAUGACAGCAAAUUGUUCACAUCACUUAACUGCAGCGAUGAACGGCGGCGAGGGCCAGCGGCCCGCUGCCGGUGGCGAGUCACUGAAUCCUCCCUGAAAAGUUUUUAGAAAUGCGCAUCGAUGCCACACUACGUUCCUGGUCAAUGAAGCGCUUUCCCCUCAUUUCGACAUAGUUCGCUGUCAUCAAGCCGGUGCGCUUAUUACAUUGUCGUGACAGCCAAUUGCGAGAAGCGACCAACACAGCAGCCCAGCGAGAUCGAGGUCCACGUCGUCGACGCCGCUCUGCCCGUUUGUGUAUUUAUUCCGACCUUUGCGUAGCUUUAACGCUGGUGUGUCUGCGUGUUGCGGGUGCCCGUCCCUCUGCUCGCUGUGACCGCUGUCCAUUUGAAAUAGUCUCACCCGGACCUUAACUUGUCACCCCCCCCCCCACGCCCUCCUACACUCCACCCUACGCCCAACCACCCACCCUGUGCCUCUGUCAUCAAAACCUCCGCCACCCAGUUGCUUUGUGCGAGCAGACGACAACAAACCGCCGAGCGUUCUCUUCUCAGUGUACGUCCUAGUUGGUGAACUCUGAACUCCGUUUGACCCGCUUCUCUUUUAAGCCCCUUGUGGUGGCCGUCGGGGUCAGUGAAGCGGAUUUCGACCCAAGAGAAGCCCCGCAGUCGAUGUUUUAUUUAUGGACCUCUGCACUUUUGGCUGUGAUGACUUCAGUACUUAGUUACCUAAACUGUAUUUUUAAGGAUUUUAUACAAUAUUUACAUGCAAUAUUAUAUUAUUAGGGUUUUUUUUUUUGCCGUCAUGUUUUUUGUUUAUUUAAUUGUCUUGAAUUUUUGGCAUGUUUUGUCACUAUUAUUUACCAACAAACAUGCCUCUCGGCACUAUUUUUGGGCCGAAACUGUUUUUUUUUUUUUUUUUUCUGGUGUGUUCCCUUUAUGUUUUUUAUUUGUUUGUUUUUUUUUUUGUGUGUAUCAUGACAGCUGAGCACCAAGAAGCAGGUGUCGCAGAUGUUUUGCUGGAUGACCUCAACCUAAUCACUGUCUGCUUCCAGUCACAAUAACUGGACCAGAGCGAGGACGUCACACUUUUGUUCAGGGAGCUGUUAACCUAAAAACAAUUUUUUUCCCCCCACUCUUCUCUCUCUCUCUUUCGUGCUAUGGUUGUUGUAUGGUUUCAUAGAUGUUGCACUCCCUCGGCUCGCAUGUAACAUAGGAAAAGAGUUAGGAUUGAGGUAGACGGGCAUUUGGUCUGUGUGAGAAAUUAUGCUUGGACAAUACAGCUGAGGUCAACGUCGUGCCGUGUGCAUCUUUACGCCACAAAGGAAUAGCUGCAAACUCGACAGCUCGAAGGAUGUUGCGGCCAGGGCGCGGGCGUAUUUAUAAAGGUUUCUUUUCAUCGACCGGGUGGGGGUCGUACAGGGGAGGCUGUGAGGAAAUAGGUGGGAUCGUCAUCUGUAUGUGGUCAACGCAGAAUGGGGAAAAAACUGGAGAGGGCACAUGAGUAACGUGAUUUGGUAAAAAAGACAAACUUGGCAUUGAAAUACCACCAUGUGGCCAUAUGAUGCAAGUUGUUGUCCUAGACAGAACUCUUUUUUUUUUUUUUUU